AUCUAUGCCAAAUCCAAAGACAGGUCCUGAAGAGAAAACAAGAUCAGGAAAUUAGCUUAAUUCAAAACUGGUGGCCGAUAAACACAACACCAAUCAGCGGCCCAAAAGGCCAACUUUGGGGGUUAUCCAACGAGCUAUGCGAACUUUGGAUAUUAAACAAUGAAGAAAAGAGGAGUCGGCAAUGGAUGGAUUAGAGCUUCUGGACCAUUGGAGCGGCAACUUGGACAAGUGUAAGGAGAAAGAGACCCAAAAUUUUGAUGGGUCACGAGGAUAAAUCAAAAUUUAGGUGCGAAAGGGGUCGAGAAGCUUUCAUUAAAUUAGAUUUUUGAAUAGUCAAGUUGUCAAAAGGUUCCAUCAAAGGAAACAAACAGAGAGGUUCCCAAUCAAGCGGCUCAACUAUAACAGCUUCCUUGCACAUGUUGAUUUCAAAUCAGUCGGCCAUUAAUGCAAAGUUUCUUCAUCUCAAAUCCUCCGCCAAGAACAGUACUCCUUUUCAGACCCUCUUUCUAUAUUUCGUUUUGGUUGCUGAUACAAGAAGAAUAUAGGUCUCCUUUGAAGGUUGGGAAGUCUGUUGGCUUCUUCUAAUGGGUGUCUGCUUAAGUACCAGAAUCAAAGCUGAAAACUCAUGUAAUACAGGGGUGAACUCUAAUGCUGUGAGUACUGAUGGCAACGAUAAUGGCAGUACAAAUAGUAGCAAGAUCACUUUGCCCUCAACUCCACGAACUGAGGGCGAAAUCUUGCACUCUAAUUUGAAGAGCUUCAGCUUCGCCGAGCUUAAAGCAGCCACCAGGAACUUUCGUCCGGAUAGCGUGGUAGGAGAAGGCGGGUUUGGUUUAGUUUUCAAGGGUUGGAUUGAUGAGCAUUCUUUUGCUGCAGCCAAGCCUGGCACCGGAAUGGUUAUUGCUGUCAAAAGGCUUAACCAAGAUGGUUUUCAAGGUCACAGAGAGUGGUUGGCCGAAGUAAAUUUUCUAGGCCAACUUUCUCACUGUCACCUCGUGAGGUUGGUCGGCUAUUGCUUGGAGGACGAACACCGUUUGCUUGUUUAUGAAUUCAUGCCUCGAGGGAGCUUGGAAAAUCAUUUGUUUCGAAGAGGAUCCUUUUUUCAACCACUUUCUUGGAGCCUGCGUUUGAAGGUUGCUCUUGGUGCUGCAAAAGGGCUGGCCUUUCUCCACAGUGAUGAAAGAAAAGUGAUCUUCCGUGACUUCAAGACUUCAAAUAUCCUACUUGACUCUAAAUACAAUGCUAAGCUCUCUGAUUUCGGGUUGGCCAAAGACGGGCCAACAGGCGAUAAAAGCCACGUCUCGACCAGGGUGAUGGGGACCUAUGGAUAUGCAGCCCCGGAGUAUCUGGCUACAGGUCAUCUAACUACUUGGAGUGAUGUGUAUAGCUUUGGAGUUGUCCUACUAGAAAUAUCAUCGGGAAGGAGAGCAAUCGACAAGAAUCGACCAGCUAGAGAACACAAUCUUGUGGAAUGGGCAAAACCUUACCUUGCAAACAAACGUAAGAUUUUUCGAAUCAUGGACAGUCGUCUUGAGGGUCAAUACUCAUUGGAUGGAGCCUACAAGGCAUGUACCCUUGCAUUAAGAUGCUUAUCCAUUCAACCCAAAUUGAGACCAAACAUGGAUGAUGUUGUAAAAGAAUUAGAGCAACUACAAGAUUCUACAUACCCUACUAGCAACAGGAACUCAACCAAUAACCGUCGUGCUCGGAGGCAUAGCGCCGAUGAUGCCCAUAAUCCAAAUAGCGCUCAAGCUUAUCCCCGGCCUUCCAUUUCAGCUCUCCAUACACAAGAGGAUCAGGCAACUACAUUCAGAUAGUUUGCAACAAAACUGAGGAACUUAGCUGAUGCAUUCCAAUGUAUAGAAACUGUACAGUUUUCAUAGUCAUCCAUCUGAGGCGAUUCUUGGGUCGGUUCAAGUAAAGGUUUCUUUUGAAUUCUUUGUUUAUUGAAGUGUGAUUUCUUGUGAAUGUACUACCAAGUCUAACUCGAUAAGUGAAGUUCCAUCCCAUCAUUCAUUUA